UUUGGCUGUCUUUAAAUAUUCAAACCGUCGCGUUCUCAGACUGUUUUAUAGACAAAAGAUGAACGCUUCUACUGUCGCCAUUCGGUGUGACGUCACGAACCAGCAGUUCGAACAGAACGCGGCUUUUUUUAUUGUUAUUCGAGGAACGUUUCGCGCGGAACGACACAGCAAGAAACGUUUCGAUCUACACCGACGACUCGAACGCUGAAUGUUUAGACUUUUAAAUCUCCGCGUGACUUCUGUUUUGCUGAAGAAGACGAGGAGUUUUACCCCCUCCCCCUGUUUCCGGCGCUCAGGCGGAAGUAGCUGUGAGCUCAGGCCUCAUACUUCCAAUGGCGACCGAAAACUGGCCGAACAGAAAGCGGGAGCAAUCGUGGAGGGGUACGAAGCGUACAAUCGACAUUAAAUAAUUAUAUAAUUUACCAACUACACAUAAAGUUCGUCUCCAAACACCGUAUUCUUUGAGCUAUGGCCGAUACUGCAGCUAGAAAUGGGAGUAUUUCACCCCUUGAAUCAGAGUUAUAUUACUUGAUAUCGCGCUAUUUGAGCACGGGGCCGUGUCGGAAAGCGGCCGAGGCUCUUGUGUGUGAGCUGGAGGAAAAUCAGCUCCUUCCACGUCGGUUGGAUUGGGAAGGAAAUGAACACCCGCGAUCUUAUGAAGAUUUGGUCGCUGCCAACAGACAUAUUGCACCAAACCACCUGUUGCAGAUAUGCAAGCAGAUUGGUCCGAUUCUGGACCGAGAGGCUCCGUCUGGUGUGCCAGGAGUCCACUCUCUACUCGGGGCCGGGAAGCACUCUUUACUGCGAACGUCUAAAGACUGCGGCAGUGGCAGAUGGAAAGCCUCCACGUUCGCGGCCCUUCAUAGAGGGAGACCACCUGAGAGGCCUUUAAGCUGCAGGGAUGCCAAUAUUGUGGAGGUGUGCCGAGGCAGAGAGCUCACAGGAGCUCAGCGCUUCAGCUCCAUCAACCCUGUCAGCAAUUAUCAGCACAUGAAGAUGCACAGGAGGAUCCUGGGACAUCUCUCUGCCGUGUACUGUAUAGCCUUUGAUCGAACAGGUUCCAGGAUUUUUACGGGUUCCGACGAUGCCUUGGUGAAGAUCUGGUCCUCUUUUGACGGAAGGCUUCACUCUACUCUCAGAGGACAUUAUGCUGAGAUAUCAGAUCUAGCAGUUAACUUUGAGAAUACCCUUAUUGCGGCCGGGAGCUGCGACAAAACCAUUCGAGUCUGGUGCCUUCGUACUUGUGCCCCAGUGGCGGUCCUGCUGGGCCACAGUGGAUCUAUUACCUCUUUACAGUUCUCUCCAUUAGUCAAGGGCUCCAGAAGGUACAUGGUGUCCACAGGAACUGAUGCAACAGUGUGUUUCUGGCAGUGGGAUGUUAAUUAUAACAGUUUCAGCGAUCGUCCACACAAAUUCACAGAGAAGCCGAGGCCUGGCGUUCAGACUGUCUGCUCUUCCUUCAGCCCUGGUGGCAUGUUCCUUGCAACAGGAAGCACAGAUGAUGUCAUCAGGAUAUACUACCUGGGCAGUGGCAGUCCAGAAAAACUAGCUGAGCUGGACUCUCACACAGACAAGGUGGACAGCAUCCAGUUCUGUCAUGCAGGAGAGAGAUUUGUGAGUGGCAGUCGAGACGGCACUGCUCGUAUAUGGCAACUGCAUCAGAGACAUCAAUGGAAGAGCAUUUUAUUGGACAUGUCUGCUACUCUUCCAGGGUCUGCACCUUUAACAAAGGAUGAAAAUUUCUUCAAACCCAAAGUCACCAUGGUUUCCUGGGAUCGCCACGAUAACACAGUCAUCACUGCUGUCAACAAUCAUCUGCUCAAAGUGUGGAAUUCCUAUACUGGACAGUUGCUGCAUAUCCUUAAAGGUCAUGAGGCCGAGGUGUUUGUUUUGGAGCCGCAUCCCUAUGACCCUCGCAUCAUGCUGUCUGCAGGCCAUGAUGGGAAUGUCUUCAUAUGGGAUCUCAUCAGAGGCACCAAAACCAUGCAUUACUUUAAUAUGAUUGAAGGUCAAGGACAUGGUGCUGUAUUUGACUGUAAGUUCACCACUGAUGGGCAUCGCUUUGCAAUGACAGACUCUCAUGGACAUCUGGUUAUUUUUGGUUUUGGGAGCUCUAAGCCUUAUGAGAAGCUUCCAGACCAGGUGUUUUUCCACACUGACUAUCGGCCUCUGAUCCGGGACUCAAAUGGGUUUGUUCUGGAUGAGCAGACCCAGCAGGCCCCACACUUGAUGCCUCCUCCCUUCCUGGUGGAUGUUGAUGGUAACCCUCACCCUCCCAGAUUCCAAAGACUGGUCCCAGGAAGAGAAAACAUUUCAGAUGAGCAUCUAGUCCCUCAACUGGGCUACGUCGCUACAAGUGAUGGUGAGGUUGUGGAGCAGGUGAUCAGUCAGCAAUCUACAGAGAGCGAGGAGGUUCGUCACAGCGCUUUGGAUUUUGCCAUCCGUCAGCUUCAGCAGCACCAGGACAGACAUGUUGUAUCUCAGGCAGAAGGCGGCUUUCGUGCUCCUGCCCGUGUGCCAGAGCCUGGAACUCCCCGCAGAGUGUCGCAGAACGAGCGGAUGGAGGUUCAGUCUCCACCUAAUGUGGGUUUACGGCGCAGCGGACAGGUAGAGGGAGUCCGGCAGAUGCACCAGAAUGCUCCACGCAGUCAGAUGGCCACAGAGAGGGACCUUCAGGCCUGGAGACGCAGGGUGGUGGUGCCUGAGCUUACAGCAAGUGGCUACAGGGCACAGGAGUCAUUCAGAAUAGCGAAGGGUGAUGAGGAGGUCACCCUUUACAACACCAAGAGAAGGAGAGUGACCCACACCACCUUCAGGGAUGAUUCUGAUGAUGAAGAGCCGGGCCUCAAACGUACACAGUCACGUAAACGGCAGAAGAAUCAGGAGCGUAAAGAGACUCUAGCUGAGGAGUACAUUGAGUUCUCAUGUGAGGAGGGGGAGGAAACGGCGUCUUCUGAGGCCAGUGAAAUUGAGGGAGGUGACGUUGAUUCGUCUGUUGAUGAAGAGGAAUGGAGGAGUGAUAGCUCAAGUCACUCCUCCAGUGAUUAUUCUGACUGGAUGGCAGAUGCAGGAAUAAGUUUGCGACCAACUGCAUCUCCAUCUCGUCGACGUGCAAGGCGCAGGAUCAGCAGCUCUGAGGAAGAGGAUGAGGAAGACGAAGAUGUAGCAGAUGAGGAGCAAACCAUAGAUGAAGAGGAACAGGUGUCUUCACCCCGAAAGCACAAGAAAGCCAAAAGCAAAACACCAAAGCCACCAAAACCGAGACCGCCCAUUAAUAGAGAAAUCUCCAAUGAGUUCCGUCCCUCAGCAUGGAUUACUGACGUCAUUCCCCGAAAGUCCCCCUUCGUCCCUCAAAUGGGAGACGAGGUCAUCUAUUUUCGUCAGGGUCAUGAGGCAUACGUGGAUGCAGUCUGCAGGACUAACCUGUACCCCAUUAACCCAGACAGACAGCCAUGGAAGAAGAUGGAGAUAAGAGACCAAGAGUUUGUAAAAAUAACAGGGAUCAAGUAUGAAGUGUGCCCUCCAACCCUGUGCUGUCUGAAACUGACCCAGAUUGACCCUGGAACAGGCAAAAUAACAGACCGAUCCUUUUCAAUAAAAUAUCAUGAUAUGCCGGAUGUAAUUGAUUUUCUGGUGCUGCGUCAAAGCUACGAUGAGGCACGGAACAGAGUGUGGACAUCGAGUGAUCGGUUUCGCUCUGUGAUCGAUGAUGCCUGGUGGUUUGGGUCCAUAGUUUGUCAGGAACCAUAUCAGUCCGAAUAUCCCGACAGCCUUUUUCAGUGCUUCAAAGUCAAGUGGGACAAUGGUGAGACAGAAAAGCUGAGUCCAUGGGACGUGGAGGCUAUUCCUGAAAACGCUGAGCAGCCGGAGUCGGAGAGUGCAGGAGUGCCGGUGACAGAUGAGGAGAUGAUCGAUAUCCUGUAUAAACCUCAGGAGGGUGAAUGGGGGGACAAGGGUCGAGACCAAGAGAGUGCACGCAUCGUUGCAGGCAUAGAACAGCUUGUGACUGUGGAUAUCGCAGCGCCUUUCUCUGGUCCGGUUGACCUUGCUCAGUAUCCAACAUAUUGUGCUGUCAUUGCAUAUCCCACCGACCUUAACACCAUCAAACUGCGGCUCAAGCACAACUUCUACAGGAGACUGUCUGCAUUGAUCUGGGAUGUAAAACACAUUGAACAAAAUGCCAAGACUUUUAAUGAGCCCCGCAGCAAGAUUGCACAGUCUGCAAAAAUCAUAACAAAUGUUCUUCUGAAGUUCAUAAGUAAACUUCACUGUACAGAUAUUAUGGAGAUCUACAAUGCCGUUGAAAACAUGGAGUACUCUGACGAUGAGGACAUGGAUGACAUUGAUGCACCUGGAACCUCUGCAGGACAAAGACUUCGCCAGCCAUCACUGGAGGUUGUGCAGGACAGGGAUGCAUGGAAGGACAACUGCAAACGUUUGCUGAACUACAUGUUUGAGUGCGAGGAUUCAGAGCCGUUCCGGGAUCCUGUAGAUCAGAGAGAAUAUCCUGAUUACUGUAAUAUUAUCGAUACCCCUAUGGACCUUGGAACAGUGCGGCUAACUCUUGAAGAAGACCGCUAUGAAAAUCCUAUAGACCUUUGCAAGGACACCAGGCUUAUUUUUGCCAAUGCUAAAGCCUACACGCCAAGCAAACGGUCAAAGAUUUACAGUAUGACUUUGCGACUGUCUGCGUUUUUCGAAGAGAGUAUACGGAAAAUAAUUUCAGACUAUAAGACUGCCAUCAAAAGUAGCUUGAAGCUGCGACGCAGUCAAAGAUUCAGGAAGAAAUUACAGCAUCAGGAGUCGGCUCCUUCUAUCCAAGGAUCCACACGUCAAAAGAGGGCUACUACAAAAACUCAGGAAAACACAGAACAGUCUACAGCCAAAUCUACCUCAGCCAAAGUGUCUGGACCAGAGCGCCGCAGAGUCAAUGAAGCCAAGGAUACCUUCAGACGGAGUUGCUCAUCUUCAUCUGGGUCUGAUCAUGACAGCAAACAAUCUCCGAGUCAGUCAGAAGAGGAUGAGGAACGUUCAUCCUCAUUUCGUGUCUUCAGACGAGAGACUAGAGCCACAAGAAGAGCUGCACAGAAUAAUGGAGCAAAACGCAGACAUGAGGGCCAUGCCAAGAUGAAUGGACAUAGCAGGUCACACGAGCGUCAGAGAGCACGACCCUGCAGCGAUUCUGACCAAGAGCCUUCGCAAGGCUCUGACGCCUCAGAGAACGAGUCGUCAUCAUCUGUCAGUCGCCGACCGAGGGCUCGCAAGACUGCCAUGGCAGCAGUUAAUAAGAUGAAACUCAUGGAUACCCUGGAAGACGAUGAAGGCUCGGAUGAGGAGGGGCAUGGAGGCAGCACCCGACCUGCGACCCGUGCUAGCAAACGCUCUGCUGUCAUUCAGAGCAGUUCUGAUUCAGAAGAAGAGGAAGAAGAGUCAAAUGAAAGUGACGUUUCAGCCAGUGAAGAAGAGAAAAGUGAUGGCAGCGCAGACAGUGAUUUAUCUUCUCAAAACAAAGCGGAGAGUAGAACUGCUGGGCGCAGACCAUCUAGAAGAUCAGCAGAAAAAAAGGAAACGUCUCCUUUCAUUAAUGGGCACAGCACCAAACGGCAACGAGUGGAAAGUGAGGACAACACAGAUGAUGGGGAGAGUCAGAAUGAAAGUGUGAACGGGGAGUCGGACGAGGAUCUCGUUGUCAGGCGGAAGUCCACCAGGAAGACUGCAAAAGCCGCUGUCACUAAAAUAAAAAAAUUGAAUGACACUGAUGCUGAAGAAGAGAAUUGCUCCAGAGACCGACGUCAGAAAAAUCGGCCAAGCAAGCAGGAUUCUGAAAGGAGUUCUGAUGAGGAUGUUGAGGUGCCCAAAACUCAAAAGCACCCUUAUCAAAACGGAAGGAAGGUGGAUGCAAAAGAGCUGAAGAGGAGUAAAGCACCAUCAGAAAGCCAAGAACAAGCUUCUGCCACAAAACUGCAAGUUACCCGCAAAAAAACCUCAACCACAGAUGCAUUAACAUCAACCACCCAGGACUCAGAGGAGCUCAGUGAUGUUUCAGAAAAAUCUGUUGCUCGCAGGAAGAGAAUUAAAUCAGAAGACGAAGAAAAUCAAAGUGAUGGUGAAGAAAGAAGGUUGCUCAGAAACAGAAAGUGUGCGUCCAACGCUCGCAAAAAGAAGCUUGAAGCAAUGUCGGAUGCCUCCAGUUCGCAAAGUGAAGAGGAGGUAGACCGAAGACAGAGGAAAAAGGAGGAUACUUCCUCUGAUGAAUGGCAAAAGAGCGAUGCAUCAGAAGAGGACAAGAAGGCACAUCCGAGGAGGAAGCCUUGCCUUAAAGUUGCAUCCAAAGGAAUCUCUCUUAGAACUCUUCCCAAGAAGAGCUACAUUAUGGAGGACUCGGAUGAAGAAUUCAGUCCUGAGAUGGAGAUGCAAUCAAAGAACGGAAAGAGCAAGGAGCGGGCCAACUCCCGGGUGAGAAAACCAUCAGGUGGUAACUCCAAAAGAAAACGUGGUGGCUCCUCUGAGUCUGAAGACGCAGACAAUAAAAGUAGUAGGACCAGUGAUGAAAACGAGGGCAUGACACCUCAAAGAAAGCAUGCGAAACGCUACAAGCGCUUAAGGGGCUCAACGGACUCUGAGAGUGACUCCGAAACUAGGUGCAAAUCCGAGAAUGGUCGGGAGCGAUGGUCUCAGGAGAAGCUUCCCAAGGCGGCCCGGCAACGACGGAAGCAAAGCGAAAGCGACGAAGGAAGCAACGAGGAUGCCAGCGAUGAUGGAAGCGACUCUGAGAGCGAAGAGUCUGGCGAGUCUGAAUCAGAUGCCAGCUCAUGUUCACAGAGCAGUCCAAAGAGAAAGCUAAGGGACCGUGGCCGAGGAACCGCACAGACCAGGAAACACCAGAGGGAUGUUUCCGAUGAGGAUAGCGACGUGUCGUAUGGGAAACCUCAACGGGCCACACGCAUCCGGACCAGAAACAGAGGCAAACGGACUGUGAAUUACCAAGACAGCGAAUGAAGGACUUGACAGUUGAGCCAUGCAAGAGACACUAACUGGAGACCUUGAAGACACACUUGAUUGUCCCAACAUAAAAACAAUGGUAGUAGCACUGGAGUCCUCAAUAUACUGUGAAUCAGUUUCAUUCAGGGAUAUUUAUGUUUUCUAUGAAAAAAAAAAUAAAAAUAAAAA